CUUGACUUGAUGAAAAUGAGUAGAUUGACUUAAGUACGUUAUUAACAAUUAAAAUGGAUAAUAAUUGUUGAAAAUCAGUGAAAUUGAUUUCAUUUCUGUCAAGAAACCAUUUAAUAUAUUGUGACAUGAAAACAGAGCCAUCUAUGAUUGCUCAUUCUUAUAACACUUUUUUUCUUGAACGAGGUUUCAUUCAACAUUUUUUCCUGGAAAAAGAGACAUUUUGAUAUAAAAAUCUAGUUGUAUUGGCCUCGUUUUUGAGGUUUUGCUGUUCAACAUGAAACAUCCUGAAACCAUUGUGCUUAAUGAGGAGAUGAUUGCCUAUCGUGGUGAGGGCAAUGUUACUCUUGUCAUCGCUCUUAAAAAUACUGGUAAAGUGCUUCGCUUCCCUAAGUAUCCGUUUGAUCAGAUAAUCUGCCGGAAUCAUAUGAAAGCUAAAUUGCUACACCACAUAUGGUUUGCCAAGAUGAUACUCAAAAGGUUGAUAAACGAAGCCAUGUUUGAUGAGCCUAAACUUGUACUUGUCUCCCAAGAAGAUAUUUCGUUGAUUAAUAAAUUGUGUAAUCAAUCAAGACCAAAUUAUCGUAUAUUCAAAGUGAUUCCAAAUCAAGAGUCAUGGGCGCUACUAUUAAAUGAUUACUGUUGUAUUCCCAAUGAACCAAGUCUUCAACCCUAUUUAACUGGACCUGUGAUAAGUGUCGAAAUCAAACCCAAACAAGGCUUCCCACCUCUAUUAUAUCAUUUAGGAGAGGAAAAACCUAUUGCUGCAAGAGUUUGCCGGUUCGCAUUAAAACAAGCAUUCAAACUCAAAACCAUGCCCUUAAAGGAAGAGAGUCAUUAUUGUCCUCUCGAUCUCUUCUCUGGAUGUCACUCUAGAAUGAUAAAUGCCAUUAAAAACUUACUCCAAACGCCGCAAAACAAUUUCCGAAUUUUCCGUGAUUCCGAGCUAAUGUAUAGUGAUGGCAAUCAGACUGAUCUUGACUCUUUACUGGCUGGAUUCAUUGCUGACGGUGAUUUGGAUCAAAGAUCUGAAAAAGUACUGUCUUCUCUAUUAAUCAAGGCUUUAACAUUGCCCUUCGAAAACUCUUCGCAAACUUUGGUCGACGAUCUUAACAUUCUCGAUGACAAACUUCAUCUUUGUUCCUAUCACAAAACAGCUAAUUGUGAUUUCCCUUGUCAAGGAGACCACGAGCUACGACGAAAAUGUGUUUUAGAGACUGUAUUAAAGCUACAGAAGCUGGAUACUAUUGGUUCAUUCAAAGCUUUAACCAUGCUCAACCAUUUAAAACAAACGGCACCUGAGUUGGCCAUUUUAUUGGAUAACUAUUCGGAUUCUCUUGGAGAAGUUGAUCAUUUUUUUCCAUCUUCAUUGGGAUCUCCUGAGCGAAGUAAUAAUGAAACCGAAUCAAAUUAUUUUUUCCGUAAAAUUUGGGAAUAUUUGAUCUCCAUGAUGGCUAAAGACUGUUCCAUCAUGAUUUCCAUGCAAAGAAUUAAGCCAAACCAAAGGUUAUCCCCAUUAUUUACACCAUUAUCAUCAUCAGAAAUGCCAUCUUCAUUAUUUCCAUCCACAUCUUCAGUAUCUACGCCAUCAUCGUCAUCUCUGCCUUCAAAAUCUUCACCAAUCACAUUAGAUGCUCGGGAAAAUGAAGAAAAAUCACAACUCAUUAAAUCUUCACAAAAGUGUCAUAUUAUCAUGGAUGAAAUGAGUCAAACGUAUUAUGCUGUUAGUAUUGCAAUAAUAGAUUUGGAUCUGAAACGAACUUCAAAUAUCACAGAAAUCUAUAAGAAAGAUCUUAAACUGAUUGAUGCUUUUAAAGAUCACUUACGAGAAAGAUGAAAAUCGAUCUACAAGACUGGUUUUAAAUGGUUCAAGUGAUUAAAAAAAAGCAUUUCAUCUAAUCAAUCUAAGAAUCUGAUGAACCUGUUGAUUAAAUCAAAACGGGUACAUUUUUCAAGUUCCUGUGAAGCUCCUCUAUUUACAUCAGUUUGUAUCUCCUGUUGGGUCGAUCAAGUAUAAACUGUUGAAAUUUCAUUUCACUUUCAUCAAAAUGAAAACGAAAUUUCAACAAAAAUUUUUUAUACUUUUUCGUCUUUCUCUUGGUUAUUGAAUCCUUGAAUUUGAUAACAAAAGUUCAUCUUCUCAUUUUUGUAUACACUUCAAAUCAUUCAAUUGAUAUGUUUGUUAAUUGAAAAACUCAUGAUAUUCAUGGAAAAUUAAAAUACACUUGAGUGUAUUUAUAUCAUUACCCGAUUGCCAUUGUGCACUCUAAUUGAUGCGCUCUUAAUAUUUAUAUAUGUAUUGUAUGUUAAUCUUUAUCUGACUAGUUGCAGAGAAAUGUUCGUAAAAUUUAUAAAUUUUCAGAAUUGAAAUCUGAAAUAGAAAAUGAAAUGUCUUACUGUGAGUAGACGAUUGUAUUUAGUGUUGUGAAGACUCGAUAAUUGUCUAAAAACUGUUUUAAAUACAACUGUUUCUUAAGCAUUAUUUAGAAAUAAAUUGUUCUAUCCUUUUCUUCAUCACUUUUAAAUGAUCACCUCAAAUCAAAACUAAA